AGGCAUGGACAUGAGCCUGGCAGCCCUUCCAUUGGAUCUUGAUCAGGAACUACGUUUAAGCAGAGAAAUGCUGAGCCAGACUUUGCCAAAAGGUUGCACAAUGCCUGUCCCUGUUGGUGUGUGCAAGAAGACAAAAGUAGAUGCACCAAGCAUUUGUCAAGGCGUGGUAGGGAGUCCUCUACUUCAGAGUCAAGUGACCUUUGGAAAUGUCUCUGCACAGCUCUGCAACUUCAGCAUCUCUCAAUACGCCUGUUCAUCAGUUGCAGCUCUGUCCUCCAGAGAUCUGGGCAAAGUCAUGGCAUGCAAGCUGACCAGCAGCAUGAACUACAGCAGGGCGAUUUGGAGUCUUUUCUUUCAAAAGUUUGCAGCACCUCUGGAUGAAGCCCUGGAUGCCUACUCCAACAUGACCCACAACAUCAGUCUGCCUGAUCCAUACGUUCUUGAUGCCAUGAGUGAGGUGAAACUCAACAACUUCAGCAAUGCACAGCUGACGGAUUCCGUUUUCAUCACUAAGUGGUUCCAGACAAGGCUCAGACCAUUUUUGUCAUCAGUGUCCGUAGACUUCCUCUCCUGUCUGAGUUCCAAGAACUUCAGCUGUCAAACCUACCAAGUUGUGGUGGAGGCUCUCAGCAGGCAAGAUCAACUAAUGGAAGAGGAACAGAAAUGGUCCAUCUUUACUUAUUUCAUCUAUCCUUUCCUCUCAAGAGAUGACCUAUCAGACCCCAGUUGUGUUUCCAGUACUUCUGGCAGCAGUGACUGGCUAGCAAAGAACUUUGGCAACUUCUCUGCUUAUGCCAGCUUGGAGGAGCUUUUAAUUCUGAACAUACAUUUCUCCAGCUUGGAUUCUUUGGACCUGCUGAACCCUAGCCAAGUAGCUGAAGUAACUCUGACCUCUGGACCACUGAACAGCACAAGUCAGAUGGACCAGGUAUUCGAUCGACUAGAGAAAGGCGAUGCUUUCAAGAAUGUGGAUGAGUUUUUCACAGCCCUCACUGAACAAGCGCAGGUUGCCCAUAUCAACCCUGCUGUGAGAGAUGUGAUGAUGAAUCGAACCUUUGAAAUCAUCAGCAUUGAGUUUCCACACUUUGUAACCCUUGAAUGGAUCGAGUGGUUUAAAGUCAAGCUGACCCCUGUCCUUCCUAGUUUCACUGCAGAGAUGCUAGUAACAGCCAUCAACAACACCAACUGCACUAACUACCGAGUGAUUGUUUCAGGAAUAAGUGCUGCGUUCUAUAAAAUGACUGAGAGCAACAGGGAGGAAAUAACCAAGGCUUUAGUCAAAUACCUGAAGGAUUUUGCUGCACAGCUAAACACACCAAUUUGCAGAAAGGAUAUCCAGAGUGAUUCUGAGUGGCUGAGCGUCAACUUGGGUCUGUUCUCGACAACAGCAGACUACUCUGAUCUCAAAGCAUUGAAUAUUUCUGGGGUGGUGGUUCUGGACUCCCUUUCCGCACAACAGAAAGCAGAGCUGAUACUAGAUCCAUCCAGUGGUGCUCUAGAGAAUGAGACGCUGGUGAAGGAAGUGAUGAUGGGGAUACUCUCAUCUUCUGGAAAGGAGCAGCUCGAUGUGUUCUUUGAGACUUUUUGCAACAUAACCAAAUCGAGGAACAUAACAAUGAUUCCUCCAGCAGUGUCAGAAACCUUUCUAAACAUGACACUGCUAGCUCUGGUGCCCCGAUUCCAGACCUUCAGCGCACAGGACUUUGCCUUAUGGUUCCAGACCUAUCUCCACCUCUUCCUUCCUGGGAUUGGUCCAAACACCUUGGCAGUCAUCCCCAAGAACAUCAGUUGCAACUCCUAUAAAGAAAUAGUGAAAGGAUUCAACAGUGUUUACAGUGACCUCUCAGAGUCUCAGUCUGGGCACAUCUUUAGUUUCAUACAAGACUAUCUUCAGCACCAGUCCAGUCAAGGGCCGAAUGGUUUGGGCUGCUACAGUGGCGGGAGCUUCUAUGUCUUCCUCAGGAACUUCUUCCUCAGUUUUGGGUUUCCUGACCUGAGUGCCUUUUUGUCCCUCAUCCCAGGCAGCCGACAGCAAGAGCUGUUGGGCUCCAUCUCUCCAGCAGAACUGAGCGUGUUUCUGAAUGGGCCGAACACAGUCAGGAACGGGUCAGACCUCUGCACGCUCCUCAACAACUACAACAGUACCAACCAGUACCUGCAGACGCAGCCAGUUGUAUCUGCAGCUGUGGGCAGACAGACGUUGGGGUGCGUUUGGUCUCAUGCUCUCAGCGCGUCGUCUCAAGAUGAGGUGGAUCAGUGGUUUAAUGUCAGACUGGCUCAGUACCUACCCCUCCUCAGCUCUCAGCUCAUCAGCCCCACCCAGCUCAGUGGCGCCUCCUGCCUGUCAUACAGGAAACUGGUUUCAGUCCUGGGGAACAGCUACAAUUACUCAGCCACGGAUUUCACUCCAGCUGUUGUGUACAGCUCUAUAAAGGCUUAUCUGAACAGCAGCGAUGGCUCUCCACGCUGCUAUAAUUCCUCUGAUCCUCUUCUGAACUCCACUGCCUGGUUUGCCAAUAACAUUGGCUCCUUCAUCACCUUCAUCUCCCUCACUGACCUCCAGUCCUUCGUGUCAGAAAGCCAGAUCAGUGUGUUCCUGGAAAACUCAGAGAAUAUUCAGCUGUUUAACAACUCACAAAUUGCAGCCAACGUCACCACAUACUAUGGCAUGCAGCUAUACAUCCAGAAUCCAAACUACAACCCCUUCAGAUUGCCAGGUGUGCUCUUGUGUGGAGCUCCUGCCUCUGUAUUUGUGUCUAUUGGAGCUGCAGUCAGCGAAACCUUCUUGGAGAUCAUCAGUAAAUUCUGCAGUGGAAUUGAUCCACAGGUCUCAACAGCACUAGUUGCGAACUUGCCCACUUUAUCCACAUCCACCAUCCAGAUGCUCGGAAACCAGAGCAUUGGUCUGACCCAGGGCCAGAUAAGCUCUGCUCCCCCCGCUCUCAUAAACAGCUCUUUGUCCAUGCUCAGCAAUGUCCCAGGCUGGAACCAGGGUCAGGUCAACCUUCUCAUCCAGAUCCUAAUUAGAGCGGGCUUUAAUAUCAACAGUGCCUCUUCCCUGGUGAAUCUGGGCACACUCAUUGGAGGCAUUCUCUCUGCAACCAUUUCCAGCAUUCCAUCUUCUCAGCUUCUGACCAUAUCCCAGAAUCCAACAUUCAUCAACAACAUUUUGUCAGCACCAGUGAUUCUACAACAGACAUACGUCCAGAAGAUUGUCUCUGUAGACCAGAACAAGGUGGUGGAGAAUGUUCCAGAUGCAUUGGCAGCGUAUAUCCAACCUAUGCUACUGGCAUAUUUAAAAGUUGUUAAUGUUACACUUAUCAAUAAGAAGAGUUGGAGUCAACAGCAGGCUGCUGUGAUGUUUGGAGCCGUUUCUAGAGCCACUGAGGAUACAGAAGGUCUGUCAGAGUCGAUAUUGCAGGGAUUCACCUGCCGUGCAGUUCAAAAUAUACCACUGCAGAAGGUUAAACAGUUGGUGAGAGCCUGCAGACCACGUACAGGCAGGAAGAAGGUGGUCCUGAAAGAGUCUCAGCUGACCUGCAUGCACCGCUAUGUGAAAGAUGACUCCUUUCUGACCUUCACCGAUUUCCCCUCGGACAUGCUUCUCUACUACAGCUAUGAGAAGGUCCAGAAGGUGAACUGCAGGUCAUAUUUCAUCGCUCUGAGUGGAGCAGAUUUCUCGGUUCUUUCCAGCGUCCUCAACAGACAGUCCAUCUUGUUCAAGAAUGCACAGAACUGCCUGGGUAUAUCUGACCAGCGAUCAAGUCUGACCAGCGAUCAAGUGCAGGUUCUGGGUAAUAUGGCCUGCACACUGAACUCCUCCUACAUCCAGAACUCUCAUCCACUCAUCUUGGAGAAACUGAAGAACUGUGGAGAUCUUUCUGACUCUCAGGUCACUGCCGUACAGAUGCUGCUUUACACUGGCAACACUCCUUACGGAAAUCCCUCAGUGUGGAAUCAGCAGACACUGCAGCAGCUGGGCAUCCUUCCCCUCUACCUCAAGCAAGACUUCUGGAGCCGAUUCAGUUCUUCUGUAAGAAAAAGGUUUCUCCGGUCAUUCUUGCCAUUCCUGAGAAGAAGGAAGACUCAGAAGUGGAAGCUGAGCAGAUUGUUUAAGGCAUACAUGCCUGUCAGAUUCACACGUUCUGCAGACUGUACUGUCGGCAACAUCACAGCGGUGACCACUGCAGAUGAGGCGUUCACUUUUGACUACGACUCCACCCAGUUUGAUCUGUGUCUGGACAUCACUGUCCUGAACGACAACCUUGCAGCCAUCACCGAUAAAGUGGUGGACGCCAGCUUCCAGUUGGUCAUUCUGGACAAAUUAAACCAGCUCUACCCAUCAGGCCUUCCAGAAAGUGUGGUGCAGCUACUGGGCUCCACGUCUCGUGCGGCCACUGUCGAUGACAUCAGCAAGUGGAACAUCACCACAAUCGACACACUGGCCUCUCUGAUGAACUCAGAUAAUGGAGACUGGACCUCAGACCAGAGUGCUGCAGUGAUUAUGAGGUAUCUCAGUGUGUCUGGAAACAGUCUGGGAACUGCUGAGAUAAACGCAGUCGGCUCCUACCUCUGUUCUUUGGAUGUCAGCGUCCUCAAAAACAUCACUGCUGACAGCCUGAGGAAUGCGAAUGCUUUGGAUAUAUCCUCUUGCUCUACUGACCAGAAAUCAGUGCUGUACAGCAUCGCCAACUCCUCAUUCAGCACUGAGCUCAGCAACCCCGUAGCAUACUACGAACUUAUCAGCCCUUACCUCGGUGGCGCUCCUCUUGAGGACAUACAAGUUCAGUCUACUCUGAACAUCAGCAUGGACAUCGACACCUUCAUUAGUCUGAAUCCUGCUGUUGUUGUGGCCCUGAGUGUCAGUACAGUGCGUGAUCUGAUGGGGAUAAAUGUGGCUGACCUGAAGCUGUUUGAGAACUCUCCUGUGGUUCAGUCAUGGGAGGCUCAGCAGAAACAAUCUGAUUUGAACACCCUGAACAUUGGCCUGCAGUCGGGUAUACCUGAUAUUGUCUCAUCUACAUCUGUACCUAUCACGAGCACUGCCAGUAUAAACAGCGAUAAUAAUAACAACAACAUUACCAGUACCAUUGCAAGUACCAGCAUUACUGCUUCCAACAACCAGAACAACACCUACACCAGUGUCAGUACAAACGGGACUGCUACUGCAACUGUUACCAACACAAUCACUACUUCACCGACGGUCAAUACAACUAGUGUUACUGCCUUCGCUGGCAUCAACAGCACUGUUAGCACAGCUUUCAGUGUCAAUAUCACUUCCAUCAAUUCUAGUGCUACAACCACAUCUAGUGCCAACACCACUGUAACCACAAUCACUAGUGUGAACAACACAGUCAACAGCACUGAUUCACAUGUCAGUGCACACACUGGCAUUAAUGCCACCACUGUCAGUGUCAACACCACUGUUCCUACCCCAGUCAGUGACAACACCACUAUCACCAUCGCUGCUGUCAACACUACCACUGUCAACACCAUGAAUGGCAAUGGCAACAACACCAGUGUAAAUGCCACCACUCCGAGCAUCAGCACCACUGCCACUGCUACAGCCAGUUCCAACACUACUACCACUGCAAACCUCAACGCCACAGUCACUCCCAUCGCUGGUGCCAACACCACCAUCACUAUUGCAACUGCCAACACUACCACUGUCAACCCCAUUAAUGGCAAUGUCAACGCCAGCAGCAUCAACGCCACCACAGCAAGCCUCAACACCACUGUCACUUCCACUGCUAGCUCCAACACCACCAUUACUGUUGCAAGUGCCAACAGUACCACUGUCAGCCCCAUAAAUGGCAAUGUCAACGCCAGCAGCAUCAACGCCACCACUGCAAGCCUCAACACCACUGUCACUUCCACUGCUAGCACCAACACCACCAUUACUGUUGCAAGUGCCAACACUACCACUGUCAGCCCCAUAAAUGGCAAUGUCAAUGCCAGCAGCAUCAAUGCCACCACUGCAAGCCUCAACACCACUGUCACUUCCACUGCUAGCAUCAACACCACCAUUACUGUUGCAAGUGCCAACACUACCACUGUCAGCCCCAUAAAUGGCAAUGUCAACGCCAGCAGCGUCAACGCCACCACUGCAAGCCUCAACACCACUGUCACUUCCACUGCUAGCACCAACACCACCAUUACUGUUGCAAGUGCCAACACUACCACUGUCAGCCCCAUAAAUGGCAAUGUCAAUGCCAGCAGCAUCAAUGCCACCACUGCAAGCCUCAACACCACUGUCACUUCCACUGCUAGCAUCAACACCACCAUUACUGUUGCAAGUGCCAACACUACCACUGUCAGCCCCAUAAAUGGCAAUGUCAACGCCAGCAGCGUCAACGCCACCACUGCAAGCCUCAACACCACUGUCACUUCCACUGCUAGCACCAACACCACCAUUACUGUUGCAAGUGCCAACACUACCACUGUCAGCCCCAUAAAUGGCAAUGUCAAUGCCAGCAGCAUCAAUGCCACCACUGCAAGCCUCAACACCACUGUCACUGGUUCUGCCAGUGCCACCAUCACUGUUACUAGUGGUAACGCUACGAAAGGCAAUAUCAAUAACUCACAGAUCAGUGCUAAUACAACUGCCACUACCACUGUCACCAAUAGCAAUGCCACAACUGGUAUUAUAACCACUACUAUUACUGGAGUCACCUCUGUUACCAUUGCCAGUGCCACUACCACAGCACAAAAGAACUUUUGUCAAGGUGUAGACAGCCAUAGACUUGAAACUCACCUCUUAUCUGGAGACUUGUCUGCAGUGAUCUGCAACUUCACGAUCUCUGAUUUUGCCUGUUCAUCAGUUACGAGUCUGUCCUCCAAUGAUCUGGCCUCACUUCUGACAUGCAGGCCACAGAGUAACGUUGGCUAUUCCAAACAAAUUUGGGUACUUUUCUUUCAAAGAUAUUCAGCAUCUCUGGAUGAUGCUCUGGACAAGUACUCUAGCAUGGCAUCAAACAUCAAUCGUCCUGAUACAUAUAUUCUUGAUGCUAUUGGUGAAGUAAUAGUCAACAACUUCAGUGCUGUACAGCUUGCAGAUACCACUUUCAUCACAGAGUGGUUCCAGAUACGGCUCAGACCAUUUUUAUCAACUGCGUCCACAGACUUCCUUUCUAGUCUCAGUUCCAAGGACUUCAGCUGUCAGACCUACCAAAUUGUGGUGGAGGCCUUAGGCAUGCAAGCACCUCUAAUGGAAGAAAAGGAAAAAAUGUCCAUUGUUACCUCUUUCAUCUAUCCUUUCCUCUCAAAAGAUGGCCUGCCAGAUCCCGGUUGUGUUUCCAGUGCUUCUGGCAACAGUGACUGGCUAGCAAAGAACUUUGGCGAGUUCUCCACCUAUGCCAGCUUGGAACAAUUACGAAGACUAAACACCAAUUUCUCCAGCCUUGGCUCAUUGCAACUGCUGACCCCUAGCCAAGCAGCAGAACUCACUCUUACCUCUGGAGCACUGAACAGCACAAGUCAGAUGGACCAGGUGUUCAGUCGACUAGAGAAAGGCAAUGCUUUCAAGAAUGUAGAUGAGUUUUUCACAACUUUUAAUACUCAGAAGCAGGUUGCCAACAUCACCCCUGCUGUGAGAGAUGUGAUGAUGAACCGAACCUUUAAGAUUGUCAGUACGGAGUUUCAAAAGUUUGAGACCUCUGACUGGAUUGAGUGGUUUGAAGUGAAGCUGACCCCUGUCCUUUCCAGUUUCACUGCAGAGAUGCUAGUAACAACAAUCAACAACAUCAACUGCUCAAACUAUCAAGUGGUUGUUCGGGGAUUAAGCAGUGUUUCUGACGAAAUGGUAGAGUUUAGAAAACAGGAACUUGCAGCUGUUCUGAUGGCACACCUGAAACAAUCCAUACAACAGUUUAGUCAACCAGCCUGCAGAGUGAACAUCCAGACAGAUGCAGACUGGCUCACUACUAACCUUGGCUACUUCUCCAGCUACGUGUCCAGUGCUCAGCUGAAAGAAUUCAACAUUUCUUGGUUGGCAGUAUUAGAUGUACUGACUGGUGAACAGAAGGCACAGCUGAUCCUGCAGCCGGGUUCGGGACUGAUGGAAAAGUCUGUGGUUCAAGAGGUGUUCAGCAGUGUGCUCAUGUCUUCAGACCAGAAACAACUCGGCAACUUCUUUACAGCUUUUAGCCAGAGUGCAAUACAGAUGAACGUGACUAGUAUCCCUCCAGCAGUGUCAGACCUCAUUCUGAACAUGACACUGCAAGCUCUGGUGCCCCAAUUCAAGACCUUCAGUUCACAGGACUUUGCCCUGUGGUUCCAGACCUAUCUCCGUCUCUUCCUUCCAGGGAUUGGUCCAAACUCCCUGUCAGUCAUUCCCAGGAACAUCAGCUGCAACUCCUACAGGGCAAUAGUGAAAGGGCUUGAUAAUGUGUACAGUGAUCUCUCUACAACACAGUCCAAAACUGUCUUCAGUUACACAAUGGACUACCUCAAGCACCAGUCCAACCAAGGUCAGUCCUGUGUGCAGUCAGUAAGCAAUGAUACAGACUGGCUGGUGAAGAAUUUUGGCCAAUUCAGGAGUUUCACCUCAUUCUCUGACAUCAUCAGUCUGAAGAGUGACUUCAAUGGAGUGAAGGCAGCAGACGUUCUGACUUCAUCCCAGCUGGCAGAGCUUUGCUCCAACCCAUCUCAACUACAUGGUCCUCAGGAUGUAGACACUGUAAUGGCAGCCAUUAGCCUGAACCAGUUUGCCUCCUUUUUUGAUGUCGUUACUCCCAACAUCCUGCUGAAUUCAUCAUUGUACUCCAGUGAAGUGAAGGAAGCUUUCCUCCAGACUGUUCUGGUGAGAGGUGGACUGUCCUCUGCAGCAGUUGCUGAUUCAGAAGUGCAGCAGUGGGUGAAUGUUCGGCUCAGGCCGCUCCUCUCCAGCCUCUCCUCUGCAGAUGUAACACCAUACUUCAACAUCAUCAGAGGCAGGAGCUGCAACACCAGACAGACAGCAGUGAGCAGUUUGGACUCUGUGAGAUCAUCUUUGAGCAGUGACACACAGACUCAAAUCUACAGCAACAUCCAGCAACUCCUUACGGGGCCGAAUGGUUUGGGCUGCUACAGCGGCGGGAGCUUCUAUGCCUUCCUCAAGAACUCCUUCCUCAGUUUUGGGUUUCCUGACCUGAGUACCUUUUUGUCCCUCAUCCCAGGCAGCCGACAGCAAGAGCUGUUGGGCUCCAUCUCUCCAGCAGAACUGAGCGUGUUUCUGAAUGGGCCGAACACAGUCAGGAACGGGUCAGACCUCUGCACGCUCCUCAACAACUACAACAGCACCAACCAGUACCUGCAGACGCAGCCAGUUGUAUCUGCAGCUGUGGGCAGACAGACGUUGGGGUGCGUUUGGUCUCGUGCUCUCAGCGCGUCGUCUCAGGAUGAGGUGGAUCAGUGGUUUAAUGUCAGACUGGCUCAGUACCUGCCCCUCCUCAGCUCUCAGCUCAUCAGCCCCAUCCAGCUCAGUGGCGCCUCCUGCCUGUCAUACAGGAAACUGAUUUCAGUCCUGGGGAAGAACUAUAAUUUCUCAGGUACUGACUUCACCCCAGCUGAUGUGUACAGCUCUAUAAAGGCUUACCUAAACAGCAUAGAUGGCUCUCCCCAAUGCUAUAACUCUUCUGAUCCUCUUCUAAACUCCACUGCCUGGUUUGCCAACAACAUUGGAUUCUUCAUUACCUUUAUCUCUCUCACUGACCUCCAGUCCUUCGUAUCAGACAGCCAGAUCAGUGUUUUCCUGAGUAACCCAGAGAAUCUUCAGCUGUUUAACAACUCGAGAGUUGCAGCCAACGUCACCACAUACUACGGCACACAGCUGUUCAUACAGAAUCCUAACUUCAGUCCACUCAGUUUGCCAGGUGUCCUCCUGUGUGGAGCUCCUGGCUCUGCAUUUGUGUCUCUGAAAGGUGCAGACAGUCAGACCAUCCUGGACAGCAUCAAGAAAUCCUGCCAGCGAAUUAGUCCAGAGGUCACAGCUGCUCUUGUGGCAAACUUCCCCACUUUGACAGCGAAUACCAUCCAGUCGCUCGGCAAUCAGAGUGUCAGUCUGACUGAAGGCCAGAUAAGUGCUGCUUCGCCCAGUGUCAUUAACAGUACCCUGCCAGUACUGAGCUUCAUCACAGGCUGGAACCAGGGUCAGGUCAACAACAUCAUCCAGAGCAUCACUAAUGCUGGCUUCAGUAUCAACAGUGGCUCCUCCCUGGUGACCCUGGGCACACUCAUAGCAGGCGUUCCUUCAGCAGCCAUCUCCAGCAUCUCUUCCACUGAGCUUCUGACCGUGUCCCAGAAUCCAACAUUCAUCAUCAACGUUCUGUCAGCACCAGUGAUUCUGCAAGAAACAUACGUCCAGAAGAUUGUCUCUGUGGACCAGACUAAAGUGGUGGAGAAUGUCCCGGAUGCGUUGGCAGGGUAUAUCCCACCUGUGCUGCUGUCGUCUCCCACCUCUGUUAAUGUUACACUCAUCAACAAGAAGAGCUGGAGACCAGAACAGGCGGUGGUGUUGUUCAGCUCAGUGGCCAGCGCCAGUGACAACACAGAAGAGCUGUCGGAAUCGAUACUACAGGGAUUCACCUGCAGCUCGGUUCAGAAACUACCAUGGUCAAAAGUCACACAGCUGGUGAGAGCCUGCAGACCACGUGCUGGCAGGAACAAGGUCUUCCUGAAAGAGCCUCAGCUGACCUGCAUGUACAACUACAUGAAAUACGAUUCAUCUCUGAACUUCACUGAUUUACCUGCUGACAUGCUUCUCUACUACAGCUAUGAGAAGGUCCAGAAGGUGAACUGCAGGUCAUAUUUCAGUGCUGUGGGUGGAGCAGAUUUCUCAGUUCUUUCCAGCGUCCUCAACAGACAGUCCAUCUUGUUUCAGAAUGCACAGAACUGCCUGGGUAUAUCUGGUGUGAGUCUGAACAGCACUCAGGUGGAGGUUCUGGGUAACAUGGCCUGCACACUGGACUCCACCUACAUCCAGAACUCUGACCCACUCAUCCUGGAGAAACUGAAGAACUGUGGAGAUCUUUCUGACUCUCAGGUCACCGCCAUACAGACGCUGCUCUACACUGGCAACACUACUUAUGGUAAUCGCUCAUCAUGGAAUCUGGACACUCUGAACAAGCUGGGCAUCCUGCCCCUCUACCUCAAACAAGCUUUCUGGACCAAUUUUGACUCUACUACAAAGAAAACAUUUUUGAAGACAUUCAUUCCAUCCCUGAAGAAGCAGAAGAUCCAGAUAUCGAAGCUCCGGAGAUUCUUUACAGAAUCCACUGUAAAUGUCAAAGUAGGAACACGUACAAAAACAGUAUGUGCUACAGAUAACAACAUCACAGAGGCAACAAUCGCAGAUCCCUCAUUUCCUGCUGGCUACGACUCCACUCAGUUUGACGCAUGCUUGGACAACGCAUUCCUGAAAGAUAACCUGGCAGCCAUCACUGAGAAAGUGGUGGACACUGGCUUCCUGACAAUCAUUCUGAACAAACUAAACCAGCUCUACGCAUCAGGCCUUCCAGAAAGUGUGGUACAGCUACUGAGUGCUGUGUCUCGUGUGGCCACUGUUAGUGACAUCAGCAAGUGGAACAUCACCGCAAUCGACACGCUGUCCUUUCUGAUGGUCUCUGAUAAUGGAGCCUGGACCUCAGAGCAGAGUAAAGCUGUGAUUACAAGGUAUCUCAGCGUGGCUGGAAACAUUCUGGGAACUGCUGAACUGAAUGCGAUCGGCUCCUACCUCUGUUCUUUGGAUCUCAAUGUUCUCAAAACCGUCACUGCUGACAGCCUGAAGAAAGCAAACUCUGUGAAUGUAUCGUCGUGUUCCAUCGAUCAGAAAUCAGCUCUGUACAGCAUCGCCAACUCCUCAUUCAGCACUCAACGCAGUGAACCCACAGCGUUCUACCAGCUCAUCAGCUCUUACCUGGGUGGAGCUCCUGUGGAAGACAUACGAGCUCUAUCUGCUCAGAACAUCAGCAUGGACAUCAACACCUUCAUGAGUCUGAGCCCUGCUGUGCUCACGACCCUGAGUGUCAACACAGUGCGCAGUCUUCUGGGAAUGAAUCUGGACAGCCUGAAGCUGUUUGAGAACACCACAGCAGUUCGGUCGUGGACGGAUCAGCAAUACAAGUCUGAACUGGCGACCCUGAACAUCGGACUGGUGGGAGGCAAAGACGAUCCCGUCAGCUCUACAACUAAUGUUACAGUGCCACCGACUAACACCUCCACCACUCAGACCAACUACACAGUCAAUGCCACAACACAAAGUUCAGCUGUUGUACAUCGUGGUUCAGGACUGUGGCUCAUCUCUCUGUGUGUAGGACUUCUGACCAUCACACUGCACACACUGCAAUAACCAUCUACCCAUCUAACUAUCACACUGUCACCAACACGUACACACAAAAUACAGCUUCAGAGCUUUAUUACUCUUCUCACGCUAUAAUCACAUUCAUAGUUCAGUUACCAUGUUUCUGUUAUGUGAGUAUUAAUACAUUGCACUGUAUUUUAACUUAAUAGCAAAAUUUCAGAGGAAUUAGAUGUUUUAUUGCCUAGAUGUGUUUGUCCAUUCAGAAUUGUGCAAUCAAAAUGAUUAGCAAUAUUUAUCAAUGCUCUGAAGAUGUUUGGUGUUUGGUGUUGCUGUUUCAGCCUAAUGGGACUGUGGUGUUGUAUCAUUUCUAAAUUUUUUAGUGGUACUAAUGUAAGAUCAGUGUUUAAAUCUAACUAAUCAGACUGUCAUGUUAAACGAUUCUAUUCCUGACUAACCUUCACUUAAUUGUUCAACUUCAUAUUCAUUCUCAAUAAAAAUAUCAUGUUUUAACAA